CUCAGCUGAAUGAGAACUGCCACCUAAAAGACUUUUGAAAUGUCAUAGAAACCCUAACCUAAAUGUUGUGUGCAUGAAGAAGUGUUGUAAAUUAUGGCCAAUAACUGGUUUCACCAUAACCAAUUCAGUCGUCCUCCACCUUCACAUCCAAAUGCAAACUAUCAGUAUCAGCCUACUCAAGGUAGUUAUGGUUAUUGGCCCCCCGAACUGCAGAAUACGGCUCAAGUAUGUCCUUUACCGAAUCUGAAUGAACCACCACCAGUACUCGUUAAUACAGCCCCAUAUACAGGCAAUUAUUUUCGUGGUAACUAUGAUAUAAAUUCAGGUUACUCCAAUUACCCCCAAUCAAGUUAUAAUAAUUAUGAGGAAAGGUACAACAAUUAUAACUGUGCACCUAAUUCAUCAUUCACCCAAAAUAAUCAUGCAAGUGGAAUUGAACAAAAAUGUGCUGAUUUUUUAAAUUUAAUCAAUAACGGUCAGCCACUGUAUAAUUUUAAAGAUGAACUUGAAUCAUAUAAAACCAGAAAAAAUGAACUUGAGAAGAGAUAUACUACUAAAUCAAACCUGGACGACUUUGGUGCAUCAGAUUCAAGAACUAAGAGGAACAAUAAACCCAUUUCUGGCAGCUAUAACACUUAUCAGAAGUCAAGAUCCCCCUAUCAAAGGGACAAAUCACCUAUCAAUAAUCUAAGAGGAUACAAAAAUUUCCAGUCAUUUAGAUCUAGAUCAUUUCAAAAGAAAAACGACUACAAAAAUACUGUAGCUACUAGUAAUUCAUGCAGGGACAAUAGAUCAAGAAGUAGCAGCCCCCAAAGAAAGAUUAGCUCAACCAGGAGCCCCUCCAAAACAACAGAAAGGGAACAAAUUUUGCAAAAUUGGAGAAAGAAUUAUUGUGCUACUCGAGAAGAAGUUUGUAAUAAAAUUAAAGAGCUGUCUAAAGAAGACAUUUUGGAGCAAGAGAAACUUAUUUGGACCAGAACAACACCGGCUGACUUAUAUUAUGCAAGGGACGAAAAUAAUCCUAAAGUUAUUAAAGCAACACCAAAGCUAAUAGAAAUAUGUAACAAUUUUGAAGAAACUCUUGUAUUAAGAGCUAAAAAGGUUAAUCAGUUAAAGCCAAAGUAUGAGCCUCCCCCAAGAAAAAAUAGGGCCAGAAUUUGCAAACAUAAAUCUGAACAAUAUAGUAGUUCAGGAAGUUCAGAUGAAGACUUCACUGAUGAAGAAGACUGCAGUAUGGAGGAGCUCACCAGGAAACAGCAGCACCCAGACAGGUUACAUCCUGAAAUGUGGUACAAUGAUGUGGGUGAGAUGAAUGAUGGUCCCUUGUGCAGAUGUUCCAGGAAAGCUCGUAAAACGGGAAUAAGACACGGAAUAUACGCCGGAGAACGUUUUCAAGAGAAAUGCGAUUUAGACACUAACAAUGCUGACAAAUUGUAUCAUUACCGGAUCACAAUUUCACCCCCAACAAAUUUUCUCAUUAAAACUCCGACUAUUAUACAACACGACGAGCACGAAUUCAUAUUCGAAGGCUUCUCCAUGCUGUCUCAUAAGCCUCUGAUAAAAUUACCAACGUGUAAAGUAAUAAGAUUCAACAUAGAAUAUACAAUAUUUUACAUAGAGGAAAAAAUACCAGAUAAUUUUACAAUCAGAGAACUGGAUUUGUUCUAUGAAUAUUUAUUUAAAGAGAUUCUGGAAUUGGUUGAUUUAGAUUUGAAAGCAGCGGGAGAUUCCUCGGGGUGCUCACAAUUCCACUUUAUGCCACGUUUUGCCAGAAAACUACCCGACAACGGUAAAGAAAUACUGUCUAUGAAAGAGGUACUGCAGUAUUUGUUGAACAGCUCUGUGCCUCUAAUCAAAGAGACCGAGUUGGAAAGUAUGAUUCAAAUGAGUCAAUACGAAUGGCAGAGUUAUGCAGAUGAAAUCAAGGGAAUGGUGGUAACAUAUCCCGGUAAGAAACCAUGUUCUGUAAGGGUCGACCAACUGGAUCGUAAUCUGGAUUUACAAGAAGAAGGCAACUACAAAUUCCCUGAAAUUGUACAUUUUGGUAUUCGUCCACCUCAACUCAGUUACGCUGGAAAUCCAGAAUACCAAAAAGCCUGGCGAGAUUAUGUCAAAUUCCGUCACCUUUUAGCCAAUAUGUCCAAACCGACGUUCGAAGACAAACGAAAGCUUGAAGCCAAAGAGAAUAAGUUGCAAGAAAUGAGGACGCAGAGCAAAAUGAAACGUGAUGUUACUGUUGCCGUGUCUGCAGAAGGUUUUUAUCGUACUGGAAUCAUGUGUGAUAUUGUUCAGCAUGCUAUGUUGAUUCCCGUACUUGUAUGCCAUUUACGAUUCCACAAUUCAUUAAGCGUCUUAGAAGACACUAUAAAUUACAGGUUUAGCAACAGAGGACUCUUGCAAUUGGCUCUAACCCAUCCCUCGUACAGAGAAAACUUUGGAACUAAUCCUGAUCACGCCAGGAAUACAUUAACUAAUUGUGGGAUAAGGCAACCAGAGUAUGGAGACAGGAGGAUACAUUACAUGAAUACAAGGAAAAGAGGGAUAAAUACUCUCAUAAAUAUAAUGAGUCGUUUCGGAAAGAAGCAAGAGACUGAAUCUAAUAUAACACAUAAUGAACGAUUGGAAUUCUUGGGGGACGCGGUAGUGGAGUUCUUAUCUUCGAUCCAUUUAUUCUACACCUUUCCUGAUCUAGAAGAAGGGGGCCUGGCCACAUACAGAGCAGCGAUAGUCCAAAAUCAACACUUGGCAGUCCUUGCCAGAACCUUGAAUUUGGACCAUUACAUGCUGUAUGCUCAUGGAUCAGAUUUAUGUCACGAUUUAGAAUUGCGACAUGCAAUGGCUAAUUGUUUUGAAGCCUUAAUGGGAGCUCUGUUCUUGGAUGGAGCCAUAGAGGUGGCUGAUCGAGUUUUCUCAGAAACACUCUUUAAAGAACGUUCUGACCUCUUGGCGGUGUGGCAGAAUCUUCCUCCACAUCCCCUUCAAGAGCAAGAACCCCAAGGAGACAGGGAGUGGAUCCCUAAGUUUAAACUGCUACAAAAACUAACAGAAUUUGAAAAUUCCAUUGGAGUAGAGUUCAUACAUAUCAGGUUACUGGCCAGGGGAUUCACUGAUAGGAGUGUAGGGUACACGAAUCUCACCCUGGGGUCCAAUCAACGUCUUGAAUUCCUGGGCGAUACGGUCUUGCAGUUGAUAGCCUCCGAGUAUCUCUACAAAUUUUUCCCUGAACAUCACGAAGGACAUCUCUCAUUACUCAGAAGUUCAUUGGUAAAUAACAGAACCCAAGCCGUAGUGUGUGAUGACUUAGGAAUGGCCAAUUAUGCAGUUUAUAACAACCCUAAAGCAGAAUUGAAAACUAAAGAUAGAGCAGAUUUGUUGGAAGCUUUUAUAGGAGCCCUAUACGUUGAUAAGGGACUUGAGUAUUGUCAAGUUUUUUGUCAGGUCACGCUGUUUCCAAGAUUGCAAGAUUUUAUUAUGAAUCAAGAUUGGAAUGACCCGAAAUCAAAACUCCAGCAGUGUUGUCUUACUCUUCGUACCAUGGAUGGAGGAGAACCAGAUAUUCCUGUCUAUAAAGUUAUUGAAUGUAAAGGACCUACCAAUACUAGAGUCUAUACUGUAGCUGUAUACUUUAGGGGCAAAAGAUUAGCUAGUGCCAUGGGACACAGCAUCCAACAAGCAGAAAUGAACGCUGCUAAGAAAGCACUCGAAAUUUCCAAAGAUCUUUUCCCGCAAUUGGACCACCAAAAACGUGUUAUUGCGAAAAGUAUGAAAAAACAGCGAUACCCUCACAGAAGAAGGAGCAUUACUAGAUCUCGAAGUCGCUCUAGAUCGAAACCCAAUCGUAAGAAACGAAUGGGUAGAUCCAAGAGUCUUUCUCGAUCUCCAUCCUCUAGAAGAAGGCAGUCUUGUUCAAGAAGGAGUCCCCCUUUUUCCAGAAGACGUAAAACAAGAUCUAGAUCGGUUUCUUCCUCCUCUCCGUAUAAUAGACGCAAAAGGAGCUACUCCAGACAAAAGUCAAGGUCUCAAAGUCAAAGCAGCAUUGUUAGCUCAAAAAAAGAGAAGUCCAAGUCGAGAAGUCGUUCACGGUCUACAAGUCGUUUAUCAAAAAGAAAAAGAAAGCGCACUCCUAGAAGUUCUUCGCGAAGGUCCAAAUCUAUAGAAGGGUUGGAGAUAAAAAGGGAAGCAAAAUCCAGAAGUCCUUCAAGAUAUUCUCGUAGUAGUUCUUCAAGCAGGGCCAGCAAAUGUCGAAACAGAAAUACUAAAAGGCCAAGAUCUGUAAGUUCAGAUGCAUCACACAGAUCUAAGAAAUCUUCGUCUAGGAGCCGUUCAGGAUCCCCGGUAUCUUUAACAUCAACAACAAGCCGUUCGUCUUCUUCAUCGUUGCACACCACUAGUAAAAAGAAAAAAAGAGGAAAGACAUCUCCCGAAUCUUCACCUGACUCUUCUUCAACAAGAAGAUCAACGUCAACUUCAUUUGAAUCUCAGAAAGAAAGAUCCAAAAGGAGAUCAAGAUCUCGAUCAAGAUCAUCUGAAAACGGGAAAGAAUUGGGCAAAGCGUGAAUUAAUAAAUUAAUGUUCAAGGGAGGACAAUUUUGGAAUAGCAUGUAUUAAUAAUUAGGGCCAAUGUAAAACAUAAUUAUUUUUCAGCAAGUGUAGGCUAAAUAUAUAGAUACCAAUAGAACAAUAUCGUACUUUUAACUGCUUAUUGCAUUAACUCUAUUAUUAUUAUUAUUAUCAUCCAGAUAUAACAAAUUUUUGUAAUUAUACGGCGAUAUUUUUUUGCGAGCAAUUUUGUAAUUUGUUUUAUUAAUUAUACGACGAUAUUUUUUUUGUGGGCAAUUUUGCUGCCGAAAGGGUCAAAAUAUGAUAUAACGAUGUGAUUAAAUUAUCAGUGUAUUUAAUAAAUAAUAUUAACAAGUA